AUGAUCACCAUCGUGCUGCUGUCUGCGUUGGUGGCUGGAGCUCUCAGCUGCGGGCUCACCAUUUACGAGCCCCAGCUCUCCAGGGUGGUUGGAGGUGAAAAUGCGAAGGCCAACAGCUGGCCCUGGCAGGUCUCCCUGCAGUACAGCUCCGGCGGCAAGUGGUACCACACCUGCGGAGGGUCCCUGGUGGACAAAAGCUGGGUCCUGACAGCUGCCCACUGCAUCAGCUCCUCCAGGACCUACCGCGUGGUGCUGGGCCGGCACAGCCUCUCCACGCAGGAGUCCGGCUCACUGGCAGUCAGCGUUUCCAAGCUGGUGGUGCACGAGAACUGGAAUGCCAACAAGCUCUCCAAUGGGAAUGACAUCGCCCUGAUCAAACUGGCCAGCCCCGUCACCCUGACAAGCAAGAUCCAGACUGCCUGCCUGCCGCCUGCCGGCACCAUUCUGGCCAACAACUACCCCUGCUACGUCACGGGCUGGGGCAGGCUGCAGACCAACGGGGCGACCGCUGACAUCCUGCAGCAGGGCCGCCUGCUGGUCGUGGACUACGCCACCUGCUCCAGCUCCAGCUGGUGGGGCAGCUCCGUGAAGACCAACAUGAUCUGCGCUGGGGGCGACGGCAAAAUAUCCAGCUGCAAUGGGGACUCAGGAGGCCCACUCAACUGCCAGGACUCCAGCGGCAAGUGGCAGGUGCAUGGCAUAGUCAGCUUCGGGUCCUCCCUGGGCUGCAACUACUACCGCAAGCCCUCCGUCUUCACCCGGGUCUCCAACUACAACAGCUGGAUCAACUCGGUGAUCGCAAAGAACUAA